UUCCCAAUUUGUUCUCCUUUUUCACUUUAGCCCCCCCAAAACUAGAGAAUCUCUGUCGCCAUGGAAGCGCUCUCGAGCUCCAUCGUCCCUUCACGCAUCGUCGAGCCCUCCUUGCAUGGCCGCCACUCAGCUCUGUCCGAUCGCCUGAAAGUUCCCGCCUUUCGGCUUGUGAGUUGCAAAUCCGUUGAGAAAUUUAAGCCUUUGAUCCUCUCCAGGUGUGAGCGUGGGUUUAGGGCUCUUGGCAAGGAGGUCUCCGGUGAUGGCGGGAUGGAGGAAGGCCCGGUGACGAGUGAAGCUGGGAUCACUCCCGACGAGGGCUUAUCUCUCUUUGAGCAUGAUUUGAGCCACCAUAAUAGUCAUGGAGGCAGAGCUGCAGAACAAACAGAAUUUCUAAUCCCAGUUAAUACUGCAAGUGGAGCAUCUGGAUCCAAGCCUGGGCUUUUCAGAACUCCUAUUUCAGGUGGUGUGCACAGUGCAACCUCUGCUCAUGAUUUACCCCGACCAGCCUUAGCCGUUCGAAAUCUUAUGGAGCAAGCCAGGUUCGCUCAUUUGUGCACUGUAAUGUCUCGGAUGCAUCACCGCCGUGCAUUUUAUCCAUUUGGUUCAUUAGUUGAUUUUGCACCUGAUGCAAUGGGCCAUCCUAUAUUCUCAUUUUCGCCACUGGCAAUUCAUACUCGGAAUGUAUUAGCAGACCCAAGAUGUACUCUUGUUGUGCAGAUACCUGGAUGGAGUGGACUAUCAAAUGCUCGUGUGACUAUAUUUGGUGAUAUUACCCCACUACCGGCUGAACUACAGGAAUGGGCCCAUAAGCAGUUUAUAGCAAAACACCAGCAAUGGGCAUCCCAACAAUGGGGUAAUUUCCACUAUUUCAGGAUGGAGACUAUAAGUGACGUUUAUUUUAUUGGAGGCUUUGGUACUGUUGCUUGGCUUGAUGUUAAAGAAUAUGAGGCUCUACAGCCCGACAAGAUUGCAGCCGACGGUGGAGAGCAAAGUCUGAAGGAACUCAAUGCAAUCUUCUCAAAACCGCUUAAAACGAUCUUGUCAACAGAGGGAGAGGGAGAGGUAGAUGAUGCAGCUUUGAUAUCUAUUGACAGUAAAGGCACUGAUGUCAGGGUCCGACAAGGAGCACAGUUCAACAUUCAACGGUUAUCAUUCGAAGUGGAUCACAGCGUGGAAACUCUAGAGGAAGCGAAGAAAGCACUCCAAGACUUAAUAGACAAGAAUCACAAAUCGAAAACUCACAAAAGAAGCUGAAGCCAUAAACAUAAGAGUACUCUGACCGCGCAAGUAGAGACAUGAGAAACGCUGAUCGAUUAUAAUAACGGUAAGGUCUUCCAAGCCAGACCUCAGUCGAAGUCGGACAAUGACCAUAACAGAGAUUCCGACCCUCUCGUUUUUGGGCAUGGUAAACAAAUAAAACAAUUAAGUAUUUGUAUCAUUUGGCGAGUUAUUUUCUUUCUUAAUGCUGUUGUGAGAUGUUCUUACAAUGACAUAAUUUUACGGAAAGUUGAGUGUGUAAUGUAUAAUACAUAUUGUGCUUUCAGAAAAGCAACUGAAUGUAUUUGAGCAUCUCGUACUUGUCAAACUCGUGUCUAGUGUUUGCCA